CUCCCUUCAGUUCAAGCCAUUCUCACUAUUACACACUGAUCGCGCGCCAAAGAAAACCCUAAACCCUUCUUCUCUGUUCGCAGCGAGAAACAAGAAGAAGAAAAAACAAUGAGCCACGCUAGAACCGAAGGCGUAACAUUCACGAAGGAACCCUACAUCGAAGAUGAAGGACCACGCAGAAUGAAGAGCAUGAAAUUCUCCACGCUCUCAGAAUCAGAAAUUGGCAAAAUCGCCGCUGUUCAAGUCUACAGUAGCAAAUUCUAUGAUAGCAACCUAAAACCCAUCGAGGGUGGCUUGUUGGAUUCCCACAUGGGCCCUGCUAGUAGGCAGAUUGUCUGUGCAACAUGCAAUGGGGGCUAUGCUGAAUGUCAAGGGCACUACGGAUACUUACCCCUUGCCCUUCCUGUUUUCAAUGUUGGAUACUUAAAUACUAUUGUUGAAAUACUGAAGUGCAUUUGUAAGGGUUGUGCUCGUAUUCUCCUUGAUGAAGAAACCCGAUUUUUUUUUUUGAAGAAAAUGAGAAGCACCAAGGAUGAACUGCAGAAGAUUAAGUUGCUUAAACAAUCCAUAUUAAAAAAAUGUAGCAGAGUCGUGAAAUGCCCAUAUUGUGGAUAUACUAAUGGUUUAGUAAAGAAGGUUCCAGCAUCGCUGAGCAUCGUUCAUGAUUGCUCAAAAUGUAACAACGAUAUUGUUGCAGAGCUCCAGUCAGCAUUUUCUUGUAUAAGGGAGUAUAGGGUGACCUUCAACAUAACCUCUCGAAUGCUGAACGCUCUCCAUGCUCUUUCUCUGUUCAGGAGGAUGCUUGAUGAGGACUGUGAAUUACUUUAUGUUGCUGAAAGACCAGAGAAGCUCAUCAUAACAAACAUUGCUGUGCCACCUAUAGCUAUUCGACCUUCGGUGAUAACGGAAGGGACACGAAGCAAUGAAAAUGACAUAACGGUGAAACUAAAGAAAAUAAUCGAAGAAAAUGCUGGUUUACGCCAAGAAGUAGAAGAAUCAAAAGGCUCAUCCAAAAGUCUGGAGCGCUGGGAGUUGCUCCAGAUCGAGGUUGGUCAGUACAUAAAUAGUGAUGUUCGUGGUCAACCACAACAGGGCCAGGAGAAGAAGAAAUUGGAUGGUUUUGUUCAGCGCCUUAAGGGGAAGCAGGGGCGUUUCCGUGGCAACUUAUCAGGGAAACGUGUUGAAUUUACUGGCAGGACAGUAAUUUCACCAGAUCCUAAUCUAAAGAUUACUGAGGUUGCAAUACCCAUCCAUAUGGCUAUUAUUUUGAGUUACCCUGAGCGUGUUACACGUCACAAUAAAGAGAAGUUGAGACAAUGUGUGAGAAAUGGUCUUUAUAAGUAUCCUGGUGCAAGGCAGGUUAACCGUGUUGGAGGUCCCAAAUGGAGCUUACAUUCUGAUAAUAGGAAGCGUCUUGCUGAUGAACUGAAAGAAGGUGAUAUUGUUGAUCGUCAUUUGGAAGAUGGAGACGUUGUUCUCUUCAACAGACAGCCAAGCCUACAUAGGAUGUCUAUGAUGUCUCACAGGGCUAGGAUUAUGCCUUGGAGAACUCUGAGAUUCAAUGAAUCUGUAUGUAACCCAUAUAAUGCUGACUUUGAUGGUGAUGAGAUGAACAUACAUGUUCCCCAAACCGAGGAGGCACGAACAGAGGCUAUUUUGCUUAUGACGGUGCAAAACAAUUUGUGCACACCAAAAAAUGGCGAAAUUCUAGUUGCCUCAACUCAAGACUUCUUAACCUCUUCCUUUCUCAUAACUAGGAAAGAUACUUUUUAUGAUCGUUCUACUUUUUCACUUAUUUGCUCAUACAUGGGAGAUGGCAUGGAUCAUAUUGAACUGCCAACUCCUGCAAUUAUCAAGCCAGUUGAGUUAUGGAGUGGUAAACAGUUAUUUAGUGUUUUAUUGCGCCCACAUGCAAAUGUGAGGGUAUAUGUGAACCUUACUGUUAAGGAGAAGACAUACAGCACAAAGCUUGAUGACAGGAGAAGAGAGUUUAAAACCAUGUGCCCAAAUGAUGGAUUUGUUUAUUUUCGCAAUAGUGAGCUGAUCUCUGGACAACUUGGAAAGGUUACAUUAGGAAAUGGCAAUAAGGAUGGACUUUUCUCUGUGCUACUAAGAGACUAUAAAGCACAAGCGGCUGCUUCUUGCAUGAAUCGUCUAGCUAAAUUGAGUGCUCGGUGGAUAGGCAAUCAUGGGUUCACCAUAGGCAUUGAAGAUGUCCAACCGAAAGACAUACUGAUCAACAGGAAGGAUGAAACAAUUUCAGAUGGUUACAGAAAGUGUGAUGAUUUUAUAGAAGCUUUCAAUAAAGGAAAGCUAGAACUCAAAGCUGGUUGUGAUGCUGCUCAAACAUUAGAGGCUCUGAUAACUGGUGUAUUAAAUGGCCUACGUGAUACGGCAGGGAAGGUAUGCAUGCAAACCCUGCACUGGAGAAAUAGUCCAUUGAUCAUGUCGCAGUGUGGCUCCAAAGGAUCUCCUAUCAAUAUCAGUCAAAUGAUUGCCUGUGUUGGUCAACAAUCAGUUGGAGGUUGUCGUGCCGCUAAUGGGUUCAUAGAUCGGAGUCUUCCUCAUUUCCCUAAAAAAGCAAAAACCCCUGCAGCUAAAGGUUUUGUUGCUAAUUCCUUUUUCAGUGGAUUGUCAGCUACUGAGUUUUUCUUCCAUACAAUGGGAGGGAGAGAGGGGCUCACUGAUACAGCGGUUAAAACUGCAGACACUGGAUACAUGUCUCGUAGAUUAAUGAAAGCUCUGGAGGAUUUAUUUUUACAUUAUGAUGACACUGUGAGAGGUGCUGCUAGUAAUAUUGUUCAAUUUUGUUAUGGAGAUGAUGGCAUGGAUCCAGCAGGGAUGGAAGGAAAAGAUGGGAAACCAUUAAAUUUUGAGCGGUUGUUUCUCAGAAGCAAGGCGAUAUGUCCUAGUGAUGGAGACGAUGUAAUCUUACCUUACUCAGAUGUGUGUAAAGUUGUUCAUGAGAAGCUUUCAGAGGAUGAUAUAAAGUCAGAGGUGGGCUCGGCUUUCGUGAGUUCUCUACAAUCCUUUGUCAAAGACCGUUCAAGAUUGACAGAAGCUUUCAGUGAGGAAGAUUCUAAAAAUCUGAAUAACUUUAUUCAGAGGAUAUCUGGGAUCACUCGUAGACAACUAGAGGUUUUCCUGGAUAAUUGUGUAUCUCGUUAUCUUUCCAAAAGAAUUGAGGCGGGAACUCCAGUAGGCGCAAUUGGAGCUCAUAGUAUUGGAGAGCCUGGGACCCAGAUGACUUUGAAAACUUUUCACUUUGCUGGGGUUGCAAGCAUGAAUAUUACUCUUGGAGUUCCUCGCAUCAGAGAAAUAAUAAAUGCAGCCGCGAAUAUCAGUACACCUAUCAUCACUGCUUUUCUUGAGGCGGAUGAUAAUGCAAAUACUGCAAGGAUGGUGAAGGGUCGCAUAGAAAAAACAAAUCUGGGCCAGGUUGCGAAGAGUAUCAAAGAAGUUAGGACUUUCAAAUCAGCAUCACUUGUUAUCACACUGGACAUGGAAAGAAUCCGAGAUGCACAUCUGAAUAUUGAUGCUAAUACCGUAAUAGAAUCAAUUUUGCAAACUAAAAAAUUAAAAUUGAAACCAGAGCACAUUAAGCGUUUGGAUGGUCAUAAGCUUGAAGUUGUUCCCCAAGUUGCUGAUAGAAAAAAAAUCCAUUUUCAACUUAAUUCUCUCAGAAAUUUGCUUCAAUUUGUUGUAGUAAAGGGAAUUGGAACUGCUGAGCGAGUUGUUAUCAGUAAAGAAGAAGAUAAAGCGACAAAGGUUGAAAAAUUCCAGUUACUGGUCGAAGGAAGGGGCCUUCGAGACAUUAUGGGAAUCGAAGGGGUCGAUGGACGUAAAACUGUUAGCAAUCAUAUCAUGGAAGUAUGUGAGACUCUGGGAAUUGAAGCUGCCAGAAAGAAAAUCAUUGAAGAGAUUCAGUAUACAAUGGGAAGUCAUGGAAUGAGUAUAGACAUACGCCAUAUUAUGCUUCUAGCAGAUGUGAUGACGAAUAGGGGUCAUGUCCUUGGAGUGACAAGAUUUGGAAUUCAAAAUAUGGGCAGAAGUGUAUUAAUGCUCGCAUCAUUUGAGAAGACAUCAGAUCAUCUUUUUGACGCAUCCAGACAUGGGAAGGAGAACCCAAUUGAAGGAGUGAGUGAAUGCAUAAUCAUGGGUAUACCAAUUCAUAUAGGCACUGGAAUGAUCAAAGUCAAACAAAGGUUGGAUCAACCGGAGUUGCCUCAAAGAACCAAUCCUAUUCUAUCUUGAGUUUGAAACUGUAUAUCAGCAGAAAGAAUGUGGAUAAUCCAGGACGGAGAGCAUUGAAUGAUGAGAGCCCAGGGUUGGAAAAUUUACUGUGGAUGUGCAUAUAUUUUGCCGAAAGAGGCGCAACGCUUUCUCCCCCGACCAAAAUAUAGCUCAGUUGUUUACUUGUGGGUUAAGAUUUUUGUUGUUGGGACCUAUCAAGAGUAUGUUAUUAUUGAGUUAAGCGUUUUAUUAGUUUAUUUAUUAUUAAAUGCUGGACUACCAAACUUGUAAAGGUACUACUUUGCGAUUCUCUUUUUAACCUCUUGCACGGUUUCUAAAAUGUUCCUCUGCUCAAAUAUUUUAAAGAAAAUUUAGAUUA